AUGGAAUUGCAUCGUGGUCUGAAUAUAUCCUAUAGGCGCGACACUGCCGACAUGGCGUUCGGUCCAGAGCGGCACGAUGUGUUCGACUUCACGCUCCUCUUCGAGCAGAGUAUUCUCGGCAUCCUCCCUUCUGGCUUGUUUAUUUUGGUUUCUAUAGCCCGAGCAACAUCACUGUGGCAGGUGAAGACCUGUGUGCGCGCUGGAUGGCUCCUGUGGGCUAAGCUUGCGGCGGCUACAACGUUGAUUUGGGUCCAAAUCGCCCUUGUUGUGCUCUGGGCGCUGCCAGGAACCGUUAGGACGCCGGUGUCACUCGCUGGCUCUGUCUUGGAUCUCAUCGGAUCAUUCGCCAUUGUCGUACUAUCAUACACAGAGCAUCGCCGGUCUAUCAAGCCGUCGACCCUCUUGGUCAGCUAUCUCGCCCUCUCCGUCUUGCUUGAACUCGCGCAGACCAGGACACUGUUCCUAAGAUCCCCAGACAGUGGCCCAAUACAGGCCUUAUUUACCGCCUCACUGGCAACAAAGCUUGUGCUUGUAUGCCUUGAAGAGCUACAAAAGCGCCCCUUGGUGACCGACAAGACCAAAAACCUCGCCUUGGAGGCAACCAGUGGCCCUAUCAAUCGGUCGGUCUUCUGGUGGCUGAAUCGGCUGUUUUUGAACGGCUUCAAAAGUCUGCUCCAGGUCAGAGACUUGGGCAGUAUUGGCAACAAGUUUGACUCAUCUAGACUUUUAGCCAAGCUCGAUGCCGUCUGGCAGGCAAGCGACAGAAGCGGGAAACAUGUUCUCAUCAAGUCGGCUUUUUCUGCCUUCAAGGUCCCCUUCCUUGCUCCAGUCGUCCCUCGUCUUUGUCUCGCUGGCUUCGGCUUCGCCCAGCCUUUUCUGAUCAAUCGAGUUGUGAGCUUUGUUGGGGAGAGUGAUAGGGGUGCUGAUCAGCGGAACGCUGUUGGUAAUGCCGGUGGACUGAUUGGUGCUACGUGUCUGGUCUAUCUGGGGCUUGCACUAUCACGAGUCAUCUACAACCAUCUCAUAUUUCAGCUGAUCACAAUACUUCGGGGAAGCCUUGUGCCAUUGAUCUUCAAGAAGACCAUCGGUCUUGAUACGAACUCUGCCAAAGAAGGCGCCGCAGUCACUUUGAUGAGCACUGACGUGGACGGUAUUGCCACUGGUAUUCAACUGAUGCACGAGAUCUGGGCAAGUGUUGUAGAGCUGUUUGUUGCUGUCUACCUCCUGGAAAGACAAAUAGGACCUGCAUGCUUCCUCGUCGUUAUUCCAACUGUUGUGUCCGUUAUUGCCACAAACUAUGUCACCGAUGGCAUUGGUCCCGCUCGAGCGAUAUGGAACCAAGCUAUACAGAAAAGGGUUUCCAGCACAUCUUCGAUGCUGACGCAGAUCAAGGGCCUGAAGAUGAUGGGUCUCACUGACUAUAUUGCUAAAUCGAUUCAAGACCUUCGGGCCAGCGAGCUCGAGGUGUCGAAAAUAUUUAGAGCGUUUAUCGUAAAGAUAGUAUUGAUAGCAAACUUCUCGGACCAAGCGACUCCAGUAGUUGUGAUAACAGCAGCUGUAUUUUGGACAAAAUCCGGGACCGAUGCAUUCGGUGCUUCCGAGGCGUUCACCAGUUUGUCUAUCGUGGCGCUUGUCGUGUCACCCAUGGCCAACCUGAUGGGGUCGAUCCCAAACUUCAAGGCAUCUGUUGCUUGUUUUGAUCGUAUCCAGGCCUUCUUGGUCUUGGAAAGCCAUGAGAAUAAAAGGAUCGAUACAAGUACCACUGGUGAAACCCCAUCCCCGUCUACGAGCGAGAGCGAUCAUCUUGUCUUAGCACAAAGGCAAGAACACUCAGAUAUCGAGCUUCCCUUGAUUCGAAAGCCACACGCCACUCGACUUGUCCUGGAACAUGCCAAUUUCACGCUAAAGAGCCAGACAGAGCCUGUGCUUCAGGGCAUCACCGUUUCUCUUCCAAAGUCCAGCUGCACAAUGCUCGCUGGCCCUGUAGGCUGCGGUAAAUCUUCCCUUCUUAGAGGUAUCUUGGGUGAGAUCCGCCUCUCUGGCGGGACAGUUAGGGUUGAGGACGUCGGCGCAUCGAUAGCUUACUGUGACCAAACUGCUUGGCUCCGGAACAUCUCCAUUCGUGACAACAUCAUUGGUCCGGGGCAAUUUGAUGAGAAGUGGUACGCCUCCGUGUGCCAUGCCUGUGCCCUCAACGACGAUAUUUCUCAAUUUCCUCUGGGCGAUAAGAGCCUGGUUGGGAGUGGGGGCAUCAGUCUUAGUGGAGGACAGAAACAAAGAGUGGCAAUCGCUCGAGCACUAUACGCACGAAGAGAUAUUGUCUUGCUCGACGACGUGUUCAGUGCCCUUGAUAGCGUUACCUCCCGAACAGUCUUCAACUGCGUCGUCGGAAUUCUGCGAAAGCAGGGCGCAACAGUGCUGCUAGCGACCAACGCAAUCCACCAACUCCCCUUUGCAGACAAUAUCAUCGUGCUUGAAACAUCCGGCCGCAUUGCGCAGAGUGGCAGUUUUGCCGAGCUGCAGGCUCAGGAUGGCUAUGUGAGAAGCCUCGCGUUAAAAACGCGCUCCAGUCAUGAAAUCGAAGAUAUACAAAACGCCGACACUGAAACAACCGCUGAUCCGGCCGCUGCUAAGGCUGCGGGGGAGGAUGAGAGCGACUUUACACGACAGACCGGGGAUCGGUCAUUAUACAAAUUCUAUCUGAAGUCGACCGGGAUACCUCUAUCACUCGGAUUCUUACUUAUCGCCAUUUGCUGUGUCGGCGUAAAACAGAUGUCAAUUGUUUGGGUACGCAUUUGGACUGAGCAUGGCGUCGACCAAGAUCGUGGUGCAUAUUUCAGCGGCUACAUUGUCUUCGCAACAGCCACCAUUAUUUUGACUGGUAUGGUAGGUUGGUUCGUCACCUUCUUGAUCAUCCCAAAAUCGGCCAAGUAUCUUCACUGGCUUCUGCUGGACGCAGCUGUCGGAGCGCCGCUGUGGUACUUCACUACAACUGACAGUGGUACCAUCCUCAAUCGCUUCAGCCAAGACAUGACACUCAUCGACCAGGCAUUGCCAAUGGCCUUCUUCGCCACGACUAUAGAUUCGCUCACCCUUCUUGCCAAUGCGGCCGUAAUUGCGUCGGGCGCACAGUACGUUGCUGCCGUGAUUCCUUUCUGCAUCGUAGCGCUAUACUUCCUACAGAAAUACUAUCUUCGUACAUCGCGUCAGCUCCGACAUCUCGAUCUCGAGUCCAAGUCGCCGUUAUAUACGCAUUUCACCGAGACGCUCCACGGUGUGGCGACAAUUCGAGCCUUUGGCUGGCAGCAAGACUUCCAGGAGGGGAAUCUUCGGUUCCUCGACCAGUCCCAAAAACCUUUCUAUCUCCUGUUCUGCGUCCAACGAUGGUUGAACGUCGUCAUGGACCUGUUUGUUACAGGCAUCGCCAUCGUUCUAGUGAGCUUUGCUGUUGGGUUUACGAGCACAACAUCCCGCGGCGCCAUCGGCCUUUCCAUGGUCACUCUCAUUGGCUUCAACAACAGCCUUUCCAGGGUAAUAAUGUCUUGGACGAAUAUGGAGACAUCUCUUGGCGCUAUCGCUCGAUUGCGCAACUUCAUACGAGACACGCCCCGAGAAGACUCUGGAGUACAAAUUCUAGAGGCGCCUGUAUCGUGGCCCUCAACUGGCUUCAUUCAGGUUGAUGGACUUACUGCUACCUACCAUCUCGAAGAUGAGACAGUACUACGUGAUGUAUCGCUUCGGAUUCAACCAGGCCAGAAGGUGGGAAUCUGCGGGCGUACAGGAAGCGGUAAGAGCUCGCUGCUACUAAGCCUUCUGAAACUAUUGGAAACCCAGUCAGGUUCAAUUACAAUCGACGGGCUCGAUUUGGCGUCGGUGCCGAGCGUAGUACCUCGAACCCACCUCACAGCUCUCCCCCAGGAUUCCGUGACGCUACCCGGCACUGUCCGUACAAACCUCGACCCUCUAGAGACGGUUGCCGCCGACGAGAUCCUGAUCGAUGCCUUAUCUAGUGCGGGCAUGUGGGAGACCAUCAGCAGCCGCGGUGGUCUGGACGUAGACUUCGAGAGUCUUGGACUAUCUCACGGGCAGAAACAGCUCUUCUGCCUAGCUCGAGCCCUGCUGAGCAAGAGCCCCGUUGUGCUCCUUGACGAAGCCACUAGUAGUGUCGACCACUAUUCAGAUGAGCAGGCGCAAAAGGUGCUACGGGAGGUUUUCAAGGAGAAAACGGUUUUGGUAGUGGCGCAUAGGCUGGAGACUAUCGCGGAUCUGGAUCUCGUCGUUGUUAUGGAUAAGGGACGGAUUGUGGAGGUAGGCGAUCCUCGUGAGCUGAAGAGCAAGCCUGACUCGCUUUUCUGGACGCUCUGGGAGAGCCGACAUGGUUGA